CUGUAGGCCGCCGCGCUCGCGCGGUCUCUGCUCCCGGGUCCCUGGGCCGUGGAUCGCUGGCUCCCGGGCUGCAGCUGAGCCGCUUCCGCCGUAGCUAUUUGAGGAGGAGCCGGCGGUGCCGCACCCCCAUCUCACAGGCGCGUGGGAGCCCGUCCGGAGCCUGCUGAGAUCCCCUGGGCGUAUGAAGACACAGAUCCCCGUCCCUGCCGAGUGACGAGAUGUGCCAGCAGCUGGUCAGGAGCUCCUGCUGACGUGCUCCAGUGAUCAUUAGUUCAUGCUUGGAAUAUGCACAGGAUGACGGACAAUAAGGAUUUAGAAGCUGAGAACCACCCCUUGAAGAAUGAAGGCAGAAAAUCACAAGAAAAUCUGAAAAAUCAGUUGAAAAAUGAAGACCAUUUGAAAAGCAAGCCUCUGCAGUCCAGGCUCUCGCGCUGCCGGGCAGUGGCCUUCUUCCUCUCCUUGUUUAUCUGCCUUUCUGUAGUGUUUGUGGUCUCAUUCCUUAUCCCAUGUCCAGCAUCACUUCAGAUGUGGAGGAUUGAUUACAACGCUGCCGUCAUCUACGACUUUCUGACCAUGGAGGACAUAAACAGGGACAGGAUUCAAGAUGUUCUCUUCCUUUAUAAAAACACCAACAGCAGUAACAAUUUCACCAGAUCCUGUGCUGGUGAAGGCUUUUCCACCCCCUGUGCCUUUGUGGCUGCUGUGUCUGGGGCCAAUGGUGAGAUCCUCUGGGAGAGGCCUGUGGCCCAAGACGUGGCCCUGGUGGAGUGUGCUGUGCUGCAGCCAUCAAACAAUGAGGCGUCUUCUACCUGCAUCUUUGUAGGAAGACCUGGUUCUCUCAUUGCAGUUGACCUAUUCACAGGGAACACCCUGUGGAGCCACCCCAGCAACCUCAGCGAGAACACCUCCGUCCUGAGCCCUCUGCUCCAAGUGCCUGAUGUGGAUGGCGAUGCUGUUCCAGACCUACUGCUCCUCACCCAGGAAGGGAAGAAGGUCAGCGGAGACAUCUAUUCACUCAACACCGGGCACCAGAUUGGCCACAGAGGUGCCCUUGAUGUGAAUGGAGACCAUGGGGCCCUUCUCCACAUCACCUGGACAGGUGCACACUACAUCCUCCUGCCCUGCGUGAGCUUUCUCUGUGGCUGCUCCGUGAAGGGUCUUUAUGAGAAGGUGACCGGGAGAGACGGCCCGUUUACGAAUGACCCCCUCUGGGAGAACAUGCUCAAUACCUCUGAACACAGGAGGCUUCUGCACAGCUCUGGAGAAGUCCGCCACCUGAUGAAUGUCCAAGGGAACGCUGGUCAGGACGUGCUCCUUGUGACUUCCGAGGCCUGCGUGCUGCUGGAUGGGCAGGAGCUGACCCCCAGGUGGACCGUCAGUGGAGCCCGGAUCCUGAGAAAACCCAUCCUCGGCCACUACAAACCAGACACCCUCGCUGUGGUCAUUGAAAACGGAACCGGCAUUGACAGACAGAUGCUGUUUCUGGACCUCAGCACUGGGGCUGUCCUAUGGAGCCAGGCUCUCCCAAGCUUCCCCGGCACCCCGCCAUCUGUCAGCCUGCUGACCACAGACCACCGCUCAGCCUUCUUCUUCUGGGGCCUCCAUGAGUUGAUUGGCACCAGUGUGAUGGAGCCCCGAGAUGCCCGGCACAGCCUGUACAUGUUCCACCCCACCCUGCCCAGUGUCCUGCUGGAGCUGGCCAAUGUGUCUGCCAACGUUGUUGCCUUUGACGUGGUCCUGUUUGAGCCGAAUCGCCAUGCUGCCUAUGUGCUCCUGACAGGCCCUGCAAGCUCCCAUGAGCCUGGCCUGGUCUCCGUGGCCAAGCACAAGGUGCAAGACCUGGUCCCCGGCAGCAGAGUGGUCCGCCUGGGUGAGGGCGGGUCAGAGAGCGACCGGGCCAUCAAGGACCGCUUCUCCCGGCUGAGGUACCUCAGUGCGGCCUAGGUGGCGUCAGCUGGAGCACAGGGAGCCGUCCACUCCCCGCUGCCGCCCUGCCGGCCCCUCCCUCCGGACAGCAUGACAGCCUCCUCGGGAGCUGUGGCCUUACUAGACGUGUGGGGUGGUUGGUGGGAGGGCACCCCGGGCCUCCUCCAGCACACCUGUCCUCCUGGCCCUCCACAGUCUUGCCUACAGCCAGGGGUCAAGGCCAGACUGCCUCCCUGUUGUCUCCCUGGACCACUGGGCAGCGCCCAAUCUCCGUGCCCUCCUUACUACUAGCCUCUCACCUCACGGGAGGGGCCAUGGCGGAGAGGCACCCCGCCCCCGCUCAGGCACUGGUUCCCUUCCUCCUGCUCCUGCACCAACCCCACCCUGGGGGGGCGGCCAGCCCUGGAGGCACCCGGAGAAUCAUGGGAACUGGCGCCUGUGCGGCCCCUCCUAGAACAGAUGGAAGGUGUUGGGUGAGGAAGGAAAAGAAUGGUUCUCAGUUCUGGAGAGCAGGGACUGUACCGCAGUGGAUGGUGCCCUUAAGGUCCCAGGUGCAUGUCCAGUCUGCCCCUCAGGAGGUCCCUGUGCCCAGGGGAGGGGAGCACCUCCUGCUCCACUCCUAGUGCUCACCUGAGCAGGACCCACUUCUGUGCCUUGUUGCUACUGAGGCCCAAGGGCAGCCGUGUACCGGACCGGAGCCCGAGCUUUGUAGCCAAAGUAGCCCUCUGACUCCGCCAUAGCAGAAAACAACAGCAUAAAUGAUUUGCACUGUCA